UCGCAGGAGAAGCAGGCUUCCGACAAGUUAUGGUACAGACAGAUUCGAUGACGACCAUCAGGCUGAUAUAGUCGGCCUCGACGAGACAUCCACAUAGCACUUUGAUUUCGGAGAUCUGUAGGUCGAUGUAGCGAGAUUGGGAGGUGCAAUUCAUACACGUUUUUUCGGGAAGGCAACUUUGUAACCGACUAUAUGGCCUCUUUGGGUCACUCUUUGUUGAUGUGGUCCAUUUGUUUGAUAAUCCUAACGCGUUGCUGAACUAUUGUCUGUACUUUGAUACUAUUGGUGUUCAUACCUCUCGACCAAUUAAUAUACAAGGGUUAGGGUGUCACUAGCGCUAUGUAUUACACAAAAAAAAAGUUAUACAAUCACAAGCCACAACGUAACUUGGUAACUGAGGCCUUGGGUUGAGAUACCUUGGACUCAAAUUGGGUUCGUAGUCCAGCAAAAGCUUUGCCAAAAUAAUGGGCCCGUGAGUUGGAAAGAAGAUUAGGCCCAUUUCGCUGGCCUGUUUGUAACCAACUCCUUUCUUUUGUGGACCUCUUAUUCGUCUUCACUUCUUCCCCAACAAACACUUCCCAGUUUCCGUACCGAACCACAGAAAAAAAGGCGUCUCCAUUUUUCGGCAUCGCAGAAAAGGAGCUGUGGCUUUGCCUGCCGUGCUGGGGGAAGCCAAUAGAGCGCGCCAAAAGGAAAUGGGCAUUGGCAAGAAGACAUAAAACCUUUGAUUCCAGCUCUCAGAGUGAAAUGGUUCAGUUUCUGGGUUCAGUUCGAGUGACACCUUACACUCUGUCCAAUUUCGCGCAUUCCAGACACCACAUCCCACUCAGCAGCAGCUCUUCGUUUCCCUCCUCAAGAAUUGGCUUCUCUCCUUUCAGGAGGAUUCUCCGAGCUUGCAUUCAGUCAAGUACGUUCAGUGUCCAAAGUUUCACUGUUCUUUAUGCCUUGUUUUGAAUUGGGUAGCUGGAAAUUUGAAGCUGAAAGAAAUAUAUGGAGUCAAAAUUUGGAGCUUUGAUUCAAUCAGGUUGGAAUGGAAGCAUGGGCGGUGCUACAUUCGACUGGGUUGUACUUCCAAUUGCCUUGUUUUGCUCCCAUUUGGGUUCAACCUUCUGCAACUUCUGGCAGAGUGGCAGUUAUAGUAGGAUCUACUUGCAUCAUUUUUUAUAGACAAACUUUAGUUUAAGGUCCUUGACUCCUUGUAGAGGAACCUCGAAUGACUGUGGUACCCAACGGCAACAUUCUCUUCAAUUCUUUGCGUUUUAUCCUUUGUUCCCGAUGGUGUUAGAAUUGGUAUUAAAGAGACACAUUCUUGCUCUUUUUGGGACAUCAGAUGGGGGGUUUUGUUUUACUGAAUGGGAAUGCUUUUUCUAGUAGAAGAUAGUUCUCGGUUCAAGUAGCUAUCAGUUUAUCUUAUGUGCACCAUGCACAGACACAGAGGGAUCUACUUUUGUUUUGUCAUGGUUUUUAAUAGGUUAUUGGUAUGCAAGUGGAUUAUGUUCUAACAAGGGAUCACUUACAGAUUCAUGUGGGAAAUUUGACACACAGUUACCUUCGGACCAGCCUGAGAUCAUGUUCUUGGGAACAGGAACUAGUGAAGGCAUUCCUCGUCUAAGUUGCCUGACUAAUCCUCUGAAGAAGUGUGAGGUAUUGUCACCAAUUUGAACACCGUUUCUACGUUUAUAUCCUGUGCAGGGUUGGAUGUCAUCUUUGAAGUUUGCACUUAAUUCAUCACGAUUUGAUCUGAAAAUCCUUCUUGGUUUCCUAGGUUUGUUCAAAAGCAAUAGAACCUGGUAAUAAGAAUAAGGGGCUGAACACAAGCAUCCUCAUUCUUGAUAGAUGCUGGAAAGUAAGUGGAGCUUCAUCUCAUGUUCUGGCAUGAUGAACAUGCAUUUAUUACUAGUUUGGAAAUGCUUUUGCGGUGGGGUUUACCUCAAGCCGAUAAAGGAAUUCGUGUUGUUCUGGAAACUAUCUAUUGGGACAAACAAUUACUUUUAAUGAAGAAUAGCCUUCAUCAUGAUUUCUUGGAUUAAAUUUGCCAUUUUUUUAAUAUAUUUUGCAGGUUUUUCUACCACAGUGCUCUUCGGUGGUUUCCUGCAUAUGGGUUUGUUCUUAUUCUACAUACUCAUAGCAUUUCCACUGAAAGUAUUAUGAGUUGGUAAAAUGACAUUAUCAAUUUGUAUGAGAUUAGUGUUGCUUUAGUAAUAUCAUUGACUAAUUUCUUACCUGACUUCUGCAUUUUCAAUAAGUUUCUAUGUCUACUGAAUGAGAAGGGAUGGUAGUGUUGCUCACUCGCUUUGCUUGGUCCUUUAGCUAUCCAGUAGGCAGUAACUGACAGUUUAAUUAGAGAUGGCCAUGAAUUUUCAUGUAUUAGAUGGAUGAGAGUCUACACACCUUUCAGCAUAUAACAGUAUUUUGAAACUAACUGCAAUGUCUUGUACUCAUGUUUUCAGUAAUUUCUUAAAGGAUCUAGCGUUAGCAGCACAUAACCAUUUUUAGCUCUGAGAAGGAUUUAAAUUGGUUAGAGUUCUCAUGCUUCUGCAACGAGGUAAGCUGACUGUUUGCCUGUUUCCUCCGUUAUUGUCUGUGCACUUUCGUACGGUAUUUCCCCACAUAUAGCGACUUCAAAUUUCUGUCAGGCUAAGAACAAUUGAUGCGGUUGUUAUUACUCAUUCUCAUGCUGAUGCCAUUGGAGGUCUCUGACACUAACUUCCGAAUCCGUUUCUAGAUAAAAGCCUUAAAGUUAAGAUAUGCAUGACAUUUUGAGUCAUAGAUGGUAUAAUUAGUUUAACUAUUUUAGAACCAGAAACUAAGAGAACGUGCAGCAAUUUAUAUAACCAAAACUUAGAAUUAUGGCUUUCUUUCUGUUUUGAUGUUUCGAAGUGCACAAUUUAAUCAAAUUGACUGGCAUUUGUUGUUACAGUUUACACCUUUGACGGUCUGGCAUGGAAAAGCUUACCGCUCCCUUGGUUUUCGAUUUGGUAACGUAUUUUACAUCAGGUAAUAAUAAUCUUGCCCUCUAAACCAUAGUCUCUAAUCUCUAUCCUUCCAUACCAUUUAGUUCGAUCCCAAGAAGUAGAGAAUCUCCUUAAUCCUGUUUUCAUAUUACAGUAAUGUCAGUGAUUACCGGAUCAAACAUACCCGCUUCUCGAGGAUUGUGACCUCCUGAUCAUGGUUUCUCUCUCUCUUACCAAAACAUACUUCUUUUGCCUUAUGCUCCGAUGUCAUUGGCUUAUUGAUUAUACUUCAAUCAAAAAAAUUCAGGAUGAUUUGAGGCCGGAUCGAUCUUCCACUACACACUUUGGACUCCCAAGGGUAUGUUCCACGCUAUGCUACAUUUUUUUUUCUUCUCUCUUUCAGUUCAUGAAGAUUGAGUCAGAUACAGACGGGUCAGCUGCUCAUUUUUGUACUUGUUGUUUUCAGGCAUUAGAUGAAGUACGGAAAAUCAAACCGAAGAGAACUCUUUUCACUAGUAUGAUGCACCUAAUGGAUCACGAGAAGCUCAGCGAAUACCUUAUGCAGUUGAUGGAGACGGAAGGACUCGAUGUUCAGUUAUACCUACAUAACUUCCUUUUUUAUCCUGUGCAAUUUGUCUCUAUCGCAUGAACUCAUUCAUAAAAGAUCAUUCUGAUGUAAUGUCCGAGCUCAUCAUGCGAAAGCAAUUAACGGUCAAAGUUCAAUCCUUUGUUAACGUUUUGCAAUUUCUCUGUAGAGACAAAAAAGAAUGAGAGGGGAAGUAGAGACCGUUAAGGGAGAGUUAUCAGACUUCGCUGUUAGAGGCGCUCUCGUCGUCAACAUUGGAGAUCUUUUGCAGAUAAUGUCGAACGACGAGUACAAGAGCGUGGAGCACAGGGUGCUGGCGAAUCCAUCCAUGGAGCCACGGGUCUCGGUGGCUGUGUUCUUCAAUUCGGAUGAGCAGGAGACAGUUCUGGGACCGAUCCCGGAGCUGAUCUCGCCUGAGAAAGGUUCUUCACCAAAGAGUUGGAUAUCAGAACCCUCACCAAUUUCUACAAGCUGUAAGAAAAAGAAAAAAACUGGUGCAUCUGAUCGCUUGUACUUGGCUAGAAAAAGAUGGUGUGCGCUCGUACAAAGUAGUGUCUCAUCUUACAUUAGUGGGACAAACAGUGCAUACUAAAUGGUUAGCAUGGUUAUAACCAAACCAAAUAAGGCUAAAUUCCAUUAAUUAUGGAAUACAAUAUGAUAACCAAACCGUCCAAACUAAUACAACAACCAAAUUAACCAAACUAAAGCUUAAUCGGUUUGGUUAAUUGGUUAACCAGAUUAACUAAUAUAAAAUCACAUUAUCA